AUGGACAAAGCGGAUGAAGGGCAGGGAGAGAGGCAGGCUUCCAGUUAUGGAAUGAAUAAGUCACAGGAUAAAAGGUGCAUUCUGCGCCCCCCAACCGUGCCCGCGGGCGUGUCCUGGGCCACCUCCCUGAAAACGUUCGCUGCCAGCCUCCUGACCACGUGCGCCGGGGCCGAAGCUGUGCGCGGGUACUACCAGCCGGACCUGACAAUACCUGAAAUUCCACCAAAGCCUGGAGAACUCAAAAGGGAGCUUUUGGGGCUGAAAAAGAGACAACAUGAACCUCAAAUUUCUCAACAAUAGAAACCU